UGGAGUGAUUUUGCAGAGCUCUGCUGGUCAGCCGCACCUAGCCGCACCCAGUCCCAGUCUAACGCAGUCUCACUUUAAGCUCUGUGGAUGCAGCACGCGGAUGUCGAGCCUAUUCGCAUUCGCACUGUCAGUUGAUGUGUAAAAACUAAACAAUGCCUACGAAGUAAGACAAACAGCUCUGACAGCUCAUUAUCAUCGUGAAGGUGAUUUUUGAAAAUGGCCCUUACAACUUCGCUCACGUCGGUGGUGGGAGCCACCACCCUCAUUUCUGGUUGCUCACCGGGAGGCCAGGAAAUGGCUGCCACGACCAACCCAGUGCCAAACUUUAUCAUUCCCACGUCGAUUCUACCAUUUCGACAUCGUUUUGACGACGUUUUGAUGUCGAUUCAACUGCCAUUUGUCAUUGGGAACAUAGUCGCGCCUGUAGUCGCCUUGAUACUAGUGGCCGGCAUUGCCGUGUAUGGCGCUAGUGGCGAUAGUCCGAAGGGGAGCGGUGGCCCUCCGAGAGGCAGCAGCAGCGGCAAUGAGGGAGGCAGUAGCGGCAGUGGCCACAGCAGCAAUGAAGAAGGCUGCAGCAGUCAGGGAAACGGCGCUGGCGAACAGGGAAGCAACGUCGACCAGGGUGACCAGGGUAACCCCGGCGACGGCGGGGAAAGAACCGUAUACCCGAAUCGGGAAGAAUUAAAGAGAGCAAGAGACGCUUGGAGGGAGUACCUUCAAGGUGGCUGCACAAAUCAUGCGCUAGCGCGUAGUCUCAUCAACAGAGAGUACGAGCCCCUAAAGCCCCUGCCGAGAGACAACUGCGGGGUAGUUGACUGCACCAACGCCGAGCACCUGGAAUGCCUCAGGUACUGGGCGGAAGUGAAGUUCUUCGGCAUUCGCACCCCGCGGGUGCGCACGCUCAUGGCCAAGAUUGUCGCGCACCGCUUCAGAAAGGGAGAGGACGACGACGAAGUGGACGCCAUCGAUCUGUCGGGGUGGAGCGCGAGGGAGAAGAUCGCGGCGGAGAGGCUCUUCCAGGAGACGCUGAUAGUCCUUGCUGGAUCCUAUAAUGAGCCAUUGGCCAAAACCUACACGGGUAUUCCACCAGAAAUUACGGAUUCACCACAAGCACUAGGACCGACGGAGAAGUAUAUGGUCGGGGGUCCAACACGACAGAAAAAGAACAAGGCCGGUAAACUAAGAACCCGAGAGCCGGUAGAAGUCUGUUGCCGGCACCGCACUGAAUUUCUCGAUGCUCACUAUCCCUGGCCCGGGCCCGGGCCCGGGCCGCGUGCGAUGACUGCAGACGACCAGCAGCGUAUGGGCCAUUGCUAUGUGGAAGACGUUGGAACAUACGCAUACCUUGCCCAAAACCUGGACAACGUUAUGAGAAACGAUAUCGAGGACUUCCAGAAGGAUAAAAGAACUCAGGACCAGGCUCUUUGGAACUCUUACAUGCUUAAUAGCCCAAGAAACGAUGUCAGUAGACUUGACUAUGCUAGGCGGCGAUUGGUGGACUUAAUCAUUCAGUAUGCCAAAACACACGAGCUCGACGACACUCCAGAUGUGACAAUGCAGGAGUACAGAAAAAAAUUGUUUCGGAUCUUUUACCAUAUUUUGGAGAAUGAGCAGUCGCAAUGGCACUCUGCCGCUUUUUUCCCGGGGACCUGGAAACUAGGAAUGACUGUGUCAUUUGCACGAAUCAUUCUCCUGUUCAGGGACGGUGAUAUAUCCUCUCUUUUCGGUGAAUUCCGAGUUUACUCGUACAUAGGUAUGAAGAACCACAAUAAAGACGUGCAGGACAGUUGCAAGAAGAUUGAUGAGGUGUUUAUGGAAAAGCAACGAGAGCUGGACGCUUACCAGGACUUGGAAACUGUUUAUGGACCGGUAGCAGACUCAGACAAUCACAUGCCAUCCACGUGGUAGUUGAAAAUAUUAACGCACCAUCUUUUUCUUUGACUCUUAGUUUCUGACAAAGAGUGGUCUUCAUAUUACGAAGAAUUGGGUCUGUAAACGUACAAAGGAUCUGCAACCACCAUAUUACAAAGAGAUUUUCUUCGUAUUACAAAGAGCACAAGUUUGUGAACAGACGCGUGCUCGUCGUAUUACAAAGCCGAUCCCUUAGUGCUACAAAAAGAUUUCUUUAUUACAAAGGUUCCAAAUUCUUCGUACGUUACGAAAAGCAGUUCUUUGUAAAAAACUUAUAGGGUCUAACUUAAAUUCAAAUUUAUGCACCAUGUUGUUGUUUUGAGGGGGAGAAGGGGAAGAUGUACCAUUUUUUGAUUAUAGCGCCCAGUUUUGACAAAAAAAUUAGCCCACGGGGCUGAGAAAUAGACAGCCCCCUGAUCAGGACACAAAGCCAAUGCGCCCCUCUCCUCUUCCCUGCCGCCUGCUGCCCGAGAGGGGGGGGGGGGUGAGGAGUGUCAGCGCCUGGCCUUGCCCAAACACGCCAGCCAGCCACACCGGGAACGCAAGUGUGUGAAUGUCGCACCCUUAAAGGUUUGUGAAUAUCCAUUCGUACACUUAGGGUGUUGUGUAUGCAAUGUUGGCACACCUGCACACCUGUAUUCAUUUGUCAAAGUCUAUAUAAAGAAUAAUCUGAAUGAUAAUAAACAAGUCUUCAGUGGAAA